AUGAAGGGGACACUUCUACUGCUGGCCUUGCUGGUGAUUGGAGAGCUGGGCUUCCAGACAACGGAAGCCUGUGUUCCUUUCUUUGCUGGUUUUGCGGGUGUUAUCUCUGGAAGCAGGUCGUGGUUGCAUCAUGAACUUUCUGCAUUCAAUGGCACUAAGGGGGAAACGGCGGCCUAUGAAAAAAUCCAGGACUGCUACAAGGAGGGACACUUAAAAAACAUAUUACUGGAACCCAAAAUAUUGGAAGCCAUUCUCUUCAGUCAGGAAUGUUUGAGCUACUAUACUGACGAUACCAUAGCAAAAAUUAAGGAGAAGCUUGCCAAGUUAUCAUAG